GUGUCUAGCAACAGCUAUCAGCCCAGACAGCCGGCGGCAACGGGAGCGGUAUUUCUCGGUGUCUUUCCACGAUUAUUCGCUGCCGGGUGUAUAUUAUUAAUAGUCGCUAGGCUGAAAAUAGUGAAAGAACAACCCUGACCCCUGCACAGAGAUAUGAGCGGCAGCGGGCGGCCCAGGACCAGCUCGUUUGCUGAGCCGCCAGGUGUUCAAGGAACCGCCGCUGCGUCCACCGGAUCAGCCGCUGCCGUGGGGAGCAGCACAGGAAAGUCCGGGGUCGCGCAGGCCUCCGGCAGCAGCUCGUCGGGAUGCUCCAACCUAAAGCUUGCCAGAGACAGUGGGAAGGUGACGACAGUCGUGGCCACACCAGGUCAGGGACCGGACCGCCCACAGGAAGUCUCUUACACUGACAUCAAGGUGAUUGGCAAUGGGUCGUUUGGUGUGGUGUACCAAGCUCGCCUCAUCGACAGCCAAGAGAUGGUGGCCAUUAAGAAAGUCCUGCAGGAUAAGAGGUUCAAGAAUCGGGAACUUCAGAUCAUGAGGAAGCUGGACCACUGCAACAUUGUCAGACUACGUUUCUUCUUCUACUCCAGUGGAGAGAAGAAAGAUGAAGUGUAUCUCAACCUGGUGCUGGACUUUGUACCUGAGACGGUCUACAGGGUUGCCAGGCAUUUUAACAAGGCCAAGAGCAUCAUUCCUAUCAUAUAUGUGAAGGUGUACAUGUACCAGUUGUUCCGCAGUCUGGCUUACAUCCAUUCCCAAGGCGUGUGUCACAGAGACAUCAAGCCCCAAAAUUUGCUUGUAGACCCAGAAACUGCCAUCCUCAAGCUGUGUGACUUUGGCAGCGCCAAGCAGCUGAUCCGCGGUGAACCCAACGUGUCGUAUAUCUGCUCGCGGUAUUAUCGUGCACCUGAGCUCAUCUUUGGUGCCACGGACUACACUGCAAACAUCGACAUCUGGUCAGCAGGCUGCGUGCUGGCUGAGCUGCUGCUCGGACAGCCCAUAUUCCCCGGGGACAGCGGGGUGGACCAGCUCGUAGAGAUUAUCAAGGUGCUAGGAACCCCAACUAGGGAACAAAUCCGAGAGAUGAAUCCAAACUACACAGAGUUCAAGUUUCCUCAGAUCAAAGCUCAUCCAUGGACCAAGGUGUUUAAACCCCGCACCCCCCCCGAGGCCAUCGCUCUGUGCUCCCGGCUGCUGGAGUACACGCCAGCCUCGCGGUUCUCCCCUCUAGAGGCCUGCUCUCACGCCUUCUUCGACGAGCUGCGCCAGCCCAACACACGACUGCCCAGCGGUCGAGACCUGCCCAUGCUGUUCAACUUCAGCACCACAGAGCUGUCCAUCCAGCCCCAGCUGAACUCGACCCUCAUUCCUCCUCACGCUCGCUCCCAUUCAGCUGCCUCCGCCCACGAUGGUACUGGUUCAGAUUCUUCUCAACACAGCUCAGUACCAGGAUCUCUGAACAGCAUCUGAAGCAGCUUCCCACCUGCCUGCCAGCCUCACCCUUAUCUCAGACGCUCUCACACAACCACACACACACACACACACACACACACACACACACACACACACACACAUACACACUCCUGCUUUCCUCCAUGCUGCUUGCUCUCCUCUUAGAUGAUCUGUUUUUGUACAGUAAAUGCAUUGAACAAACAAACAUUAGUUAUUUAGCUGCCAGGGUCCAAACCAUGGCAGGUGUUUGUUAAACACACAAACACAGUCAUCUCGCUGCUGCUCGGGUGGUCUGUGAAGGUUCAAUAGUGGGGGCUGGUCCUCUGUAAUAUAAACGUUUUUUUAAAUUCACUUUUUUUUUUUCUUAAUAUUUGUGUUUUUAUUUAUUUGGCAAAUUGAAAGCGUCAUGUGGUCACACAACAGUUGGUCUAUAUAAGGUUUUUUUUGUUUUAUUAUUCAGAUUAUUUUUUUAUACGCUUCAGUUUCUCUGCAUCUGAACUGUACACCGCCUGACCGAGAUCAGAACUGGCCCCCACAGGUCAUCAGGGUAAAGGAUGUUUUAUUCAACUCAGGGCAGGAGAGUGGAUGCAGGGAAUAAUAAAUCCCUUAAUCCUCCAGCCACAUUAUUUUACCAGCCCAGCCUGAUGUUAGGUCUGAAGUCUUCUUGAAUGAAGUGGCAGGUAGGGUAGGAGACCUCAUCAGUAGCAGGUCGCAGUGUUUGGUUGGAGGUGAAUGUGUUCAGUGGCUGCAUUACUCUGAACAGACUGGACUGGUGUCACCAUGUUUCACAUUGUUUGGUUCAAAAUGGUCUAAUACCACUUCCUAUUGUCUAACCGUUCCAAUACUAAGUUUGUCCCUCUCUUAAACAUGUAGUAUGUUAAUAAUACGUUUGUAUGGAUUCACUUUGCUUAACCUGGCAUUUAAAAAACAUCACGCCCUAAGUGGGAGAAGCAUAUUCUACUUCCCUAAAAAAUACUAUUAGCCCAAAAUCGGACUCAGAUUUUUUCACACAGAACUUUUAGCAGCGUUUUUGAUUGGUGGGCGCCAUUAAAAAGAUUCCAGUGUAAAAUACUAAAUAAAACAACUUGUAGCCAGUACCUAAUUAACAGUUAACGGGUAGUUUUGGCAAAUGUUAUCGGAUUUUAAUUUAAUUUUUCUCCCAGAUUUCCAAUCUACCGAUAUUCUCCAAAGAUUUAGUUCCCCUUCAUAUUCACAGUUGUCUUUUAAAAGAUCAAUCGUACUUCCAUUAGGGCAGAUGUGUUAUUAUAUUAUUUUGGGAUAUAAUUAUAUCCAGAUAAAUAUUCCUUAACCCUGCCUCUGUUCAUCAGCAAUACAUUAGUUUAGACCUGUUGUGAAGAAAGUGUGGAUGUGCAGAUUUAGAAAAGAAGCAAACAACAUAAAAAAGGUCAUAAUGUGAGUAGUGGGACAUUACUGGACGCUGUUAGGUGCGCUGCUUGUUCUGUCUUACAGACAUUGGUUUUCAAUUGAGGAUUAGAUGCAAACUGUCCUAAAUAAUUGAAAUAAAAAAACAUAAAUUGAUAUUGAAGCUUGUCUAUUUAAGUAGAUUCUGUAUCGCAACAUCAAUGCUUCUUAUAGAAAUUGCUCCAGAAUUUAUUUGCUAAAGACAAUAACCAAAUGUACGGCUCUUCCAACCGCCAAGAAAGAAAACCGAGUCCACCUCUGGGUUCAGAAAGUCUUUAAAGGUGUGUUCCAUUCAAAUCUGCUUUAAUGUAAUCAUUUGAAUGAAACUAAAUUUAGAAAGAAAAACAUUUCUACAAAACAAAGAAAUGUAACUUCCAUGUGGUCAAAAUGUUUUUAAUAAGUCAAACAUUUUGAAAUAUGGCAACUGCUUUUAAAAAGUCUGAUUUGUUUUACAUUUAAACAUUUUAAAGCUUUCGAAAAUAAUUAAAUGUGGUAAAUAUAUUUACUUGUUGGCUCCCUGUUGACAUGUAUUUAUACAUAAAAAACAAUAGGCUUGUUUUUAAAUGUGUUUUAAUUUCACAAUAUAAUACUUGACACGGUAUAAAGGUGUACUAAGCCUAAAGAUCCCUUAAACUGUAUUGUCAGAUUUAAGAAAAAUGCUCUCUAAUCAAAAGGUCAAUUUGAGGAAAUUCCCAUUUUAGCUCAAAUAAAAAGACUUCUUGUCCUGAUGUUAGUGUAGGAAAGAAAUGCCUAUGUAGGAGCUGGGUGAAUGUUGAUUUAAAUGCAACUGAAUAAUGCUGGGAUGGAGGAUUCAAUGUUUUAUUAAAACUCGACAGGGUGGGGUACUUCAUGUAAAUUCAUCUAUUUGUUUUUGUGAUGGAGUCAGUUCAUUUCAGCCGAGGAGGGCAUUAUAAUGUCGCAGCUACUUUACUCCCAUCACUGGAAAUAUGUGAACAAUUUCAAAACAAAAACACAGGAGAGUGGAAGGCUUAAUGUGAAUAUAGUUAAACAUGAAUUGGAAGCAGAGGACUUCCUGUUUGGUGACUGUGUUUGUGUGCUCCUUGUACUUUUAUCUUUGUGAGGACCAAUUAGGAGUGAGAAAAAGCAGCAUAUACAGGUUAAGGAGGAUGUAUUAUCAGAGUCUCUCAAAUAUUGAAGUCCAGAUGUGUGUGACCAUUCUCCAACGUGCAGUCUGAACAGCCAGUGUUGUAGGGUUUAGAGCCGUCAACAGUACAGAUCUUUAGUAAGCAGUGCAGACCACUUGUAGUAUAGUAUAUUUGAUACUAUCCUUCCAUGCCUCCACCUUCAAAACUGCAGCAAUGUUUGGUUUUUUUAAUGCUUUUUUUGGAUUCCACCACACUCACAAUGAUUUUGUAUGAGGAGAGUGGAGAGCAUACAUCAUUCUCUUCCCCUUCCUCCCGUUUCCUUUGCUGUAAAGAGCAGGAGCAUCGUGUUUAUCUCUGCGGGCGCGACACACUCAGAGCUGUCAGCGGCCAUGAAAAAGUGUAACCCCCCCCCCGCAGAGGAAUCAAACAUGUCUGCUUCGUCUCUUCCUCCGAUCUCAGAAGCCAUUCCCCCCUCCCUCACUCUCCUUCUCUUAUCGCACGUGUAAAUAUCACUGAUUUUUAUUUUCCUCUUUUUACUUUUUAUUACAGAGUUGUUUAUAUCUUCUCCCCCGCCCCCCCUCAUCCUGUCGAUGAAGCAGUCUUAGUUUGUGCAUUUUUGUAAAUAAUUUGUUUUUCUUUCACAAUUGAAAAUGUAAAUAUAGCAAAGAAGAAAAACUCAGCCUACUCCUCAUGUUUGUUGAUGAUCUUUCUCUCUCUUUCUUAGUAGAAUUCCAGUGGAAAUUGUAACGUAGCUGCUAACGCUGUCCUCUGUGGGAGCACCUCGAUGUGGAAUGAACAUUUUAAGGGGUUUCUGUUCCAAAAUGCUCUCUUUGUGUUCACUUUGGGGGAUCAUAUAUUCACCUUAACAUCAGCUCGACCUCUUCAAAAUCAAAAGUACUGAGGCGUGACAUGUUGGCAGCAUCUCUCUCCAAAACUAUACUUCUACUGUUGAUCCAUACAGUGUAAUAAAUGCAAAAGGUAUAAAAUGAUGAUGUUCGUAUUACUCUCAUAUUGUUGUAAAUCAUGUUAUACCUGAAAAAGAAAUAACAUUUGACAAGCUGCAGAUUCUACAUGAGGGAGCUGUUAGGCGAAUGCUAAUUCUAAUUAAACAAAUUCAAGAUUUCCCACUUAGUUUUAUUAUUUUCAUUUGGCCUUGGUCACCUUCUCCCCUUGUUUUGUAAAAAAACCCUCCUUUUGUCUCUCUACAGUAAAUAGACCACACCCAGUCACUGUAACCGUCACUCCUGAAAAUGUGUUCAAGCUGACAAAAAUCUUACAUUUUGCUGAUUUAAUUGAUACUCUUAAGCUCUAAAACGUCUUAAAACAGCAGCUAUCGUAAUGAAAAAGCCUCAUUUUGGAACAGAACUAUGUUUGUUGUGACAGAUUGCAAUAUAUAAUUACUGUGCAGUAUUGAGAAAAAAGCUAACAGGAUAUAGAUUAAGCUAACAGGUCACUGGCAUUUUCAGAAAAAGUGCUUUGUCAUGCCUGACCUGAUCGUUAAAGUGUUAGUUGGACUAGAAAUGUACAGUUUGAUAUCCAGCUUGUACUCAACUUGGGCAUUUUGUAUUACGUGCCAUAUGGCAUUCAGAACUUGAUGAGCUACAGAGACGUGUGUGGACCUAUCAGUUGUCAAUGGGCAGAAAUGUUGACUGAAUCUCAGACAUUUUACUUUUUGUUUGUUUUCAGAUUCUCAGUUGUGUGUAAAUGUCACAUUCAGUUCAUGGUUUUUACUCCAAUGCUGUUCACGUUGGUGUCUUUCUGCCCUGGUGGUCUGAUGUGUUGCAGGGAUGGAGGGAGGGAUGGAGAAAGAGAGAGAAAGAAACACAAACCUGUCCGUCUCUGUUCUGUGUAUGUAUGAUAUGGACUCAUUUACUGUAAUAAAGUGAUGAAACUGUG